AAAACCACUUGUAUUUGACAAGCAAAGUCUGGACUCGAUCCGUUAUUGCCACACAAGCAUCAUUUCUCAGGGUCUUAAUUUUUCAUCACUUGACUUAAGACCAUUUGGACUGUUACAUUUCUUUCAAGCGUAAUCUUCGACAUGUUAUUUAUUCUUUCUUCUCCUUGUCAAACUCUUUCGUCACCUCGCUUGUAUUUUCCAAAUAACUCCUUCUCUGGUAUUAAGUGCGACAGCGCUAAAGUUCCCGUCUUUCCGCAGAAAACCCGCGAGAGGAGUUACCUCAUUGAAAGGGGUUUGGAGUUUAGCCCAGGAGAUGCGUUUUUUCGCGAGGAAAGUGCCACCGGCCGAGACCUCGGCGUUUUGGCCGCUUCUUUACACAAGAGGGGUAACGGAAGAUUGCGCGUUCUGGACGCAUUGUGUGGAUGUGGAAUUCGGUCACUUCGGUACUUGGCCGAGGCUGGAGCGGACUUUGUUGCGGCAAAUGAUGGGAAUGAGAAUUAUGGAAGCACCAUUGUAGAGAAUUUGUCGAGAGUUUCCUCCGAAGAGGAGGGGAGAUGGGUGGUUACUCAUUUGGAAGCUAAUAGGGUUAUGACUGAUUAUUAUUUGCAGAAGAGUUUAUUUGAUUUUAUUGAUGUUGAUUCUUUUGGGAGUGACUCUUCGUUCUUGAGGUCUGCCAUUAGUACUUUGAAAUUCGGUGGCUUGCUCUAUGUUACUUCCACUGAUGGCUUCUCAUCUGGUGGCCACCGUCCUCAUCAUUCUUUAGCUGCAUAUGGAGCUUAUGUGCGCCCUAUGCCGUAUUCGAACGAGAUUGGUUUGCGAAUGCUUAUAGGUGGGGUUACCAGGGAGGCUGCAGUUUUGGGGUAUCAUAUCACACCCUUGUUUUCUUACUAUGCUUUUCAUGGACCUGUUUUUCGAGUCUUGCUCAGAUUGAAUCGUGGAAAGAUUCAUGACACUAGGCAUUAUGGUUACAUUGGUUACUGCCAGCAAUGUGGAAAUUCCCAUGAGUUUUCUUGGGAUCAACUUGGUCAGAUAAGUUGCUCGUGCAGCGUGCCACAGGUUUCAAACUCCCUUGUGGUAUCAGGGCCUCUUUGGACGGGACCUCUUCAUGAUGGUGCCUAUCUUAUGGACAUGCUAAAUCUGGCCAAGCAGUGGGGAUGGAUAGGCUGUGAUGGUAAAGACAACCUUGAAAAGCUUAUAAGAGUGAUGAUGGAUGAAAGUGACCCCAAGUUGCCAUUUGGGUACAUCAAGUUGGAUGAGAUGGCUAGCCGUGCAAAAAUCAAUUCUCCACCUUUGAAGGCAUUGAUGAGCGCCAUGCACCAGAAGGGUUAUGCUGCCAGCAGGUCUCACAUUGCAACAAAUGCAAUCAAGACAAAUUGCCCCAUGACAGAAUGCAUCAAGAUUGCCAAAGAACUACUGCAGGUUUCUGUCACUUAAUUUAAGGGCUGAAAGUCCUCUGGUUGUAAACCAGACAAGCAUAUUACAGUCACAAGCAAUGAUGCUUGGUAAAUGUCAGGAAAUUAGAAGUGAUGGUCAUAUCCACUUUCACAUUAAAUUUUGCAAAUGUAACCUAAUAAUAGAAUUAUGGAAAUGCCUUUAUGGUUAUUUGAUGAUUAUUUCUUAUCAA